GGAAAUGGUCAUAUUAGUGAUGAUGAAAUUGAGGAGUUCCUUGACGAUUCGGCUCGCAACGGUGGUCGGGGACAGCAGGAGGCUAGCUCUAUCGUGGUGCCUGUUUCUGAUGAAUGGAGUGUGGUACGGGAGCAGGGCAGCGGAGUGUCCUAUUGGCACAACAACACCACUGGUGAGCUCGUGGGCAUCAGGGAUCCAUCUACAGAGUGGCGCAAAAAAGGGAUCAUUCCUUCUAAUUCCGCGGCGCGUGACAAUUGA